ACCCUUUGACCUCACCCUUUUACACAACAUCAUGGCUGCCGACGUGCACCACAUUUCUCUCCGAGUCUCCAACGCCCGGCGCCUUCUCAAAGACCUCGUGGACAGGUUCCACUUCUCAUCUUUCGCGGAAAGGGUGGAGAAAGGGGUAAAGCAGUUUGCCGUGCGAAGCGGCUCGGCCAUCUUUGUCGUAAACGAGAGAACAGCCGGUGAAAACGGAGAGUUGUCACAAGCCGGCUUACGCAACCAUGAGUCUGGUGUUAUAGCGAGAAGGAACGGUUUUUCGGCGAAUUGUCAUCACUUGUACGACUAUUCGGAUUUAGACACGCACGUGGACUCUGUGUGUAAUGUCGCGUUCGAGGUUGAAGAUGUGGAUAGCUCGUUGGAGCGCGUGGUCAGAGCGGGAGGGCGCGUUUUAACAGACAUCAAGGUCACUGAAGACGAGAAAGGCUCGGUAACACACGCCGUGGUGCAGUCACCCAUAGGAAACGUGGUCCACACCUUGUUAGACAAGAAGUUGUAUAAGGGCCUGUUUUUGCCUGGGUUCGAGGCUAGCGGAGCUUCGAGGAUGACGAAGUCAACUGGAAGACUGUCCCACUUCGAUCAUGUAACGUACGCCUGUCCCAUGAGCUCGUCACCCCCCAUUUUAGAGUGGUAUGAGCGAUGUUUGGGGCUGAAGAGAUUUCUUGUGAACAGAGAUGAGUCUGAGGACCAGGGGUUCAUCGUCCAAGGUGCAGAUGUGGGCAUGAGGCUGAAGGCGUUUGAGUACUGGAAGUGUGCUAAGGAGGGGCUGAGAAUGCCGGGGUCAAGUCCAGACGUCAAACCAAAAGUCAAGUUCGUCAUCGCAGAACCACUCCCUGGACAAGGCCCCAACCAAGUGGAGACAUUCCUGGAACAGCACGGGGGCCCAGGUAUCCAACACAUCGGCCUCCACACACCUGACAUCAUCUCCUCCACCAGACAGCUGCGAGCAGCACACGUACAGCUGCUCAAGCCACCUGAUACCUACUACAGUGAGAUUGGUAAGCUGUCGGAGAUUAACCAGGUGGGACAGUGUCUAACAGCCCUGAGGGAGAACGGUGUUCUUCUGGAUGCGGAGGCUGAUGCUACAGACAACGAUACUCGGAACAACAACCAAAGAUACUUGAUGCAGGUAUUCACCAAGCCCAUCUUCGAUGAAGACACCUUCUUCCUGGAGAUUAUCCAGAGAUGCGGGGCCACAGGGUUCGGUGCAGGGAACAUCACGGCUCUCUGGAGAUCAGUUCAAGCUUAUUUAGAUCAGAGAGAGCAGCUAGAUAAUAGUAAAAACAAGUUAUCACAAUGACGAUGUUAGUUUGCCAUCUUCUAUGGCAACCAGGAAUUGAAUGAUUAAAUUAGGUUCUGUACUGUAAAAGCAGAAAUAAUGAGGGCAAAGUUUGUUGAUAUUUAUCACAGUUCACUCAGGUCUUCUCUGCUUUCAUUUGAGGAAACUGCCUUCAUUGUAGUGAAGAUUAUGUUGUCUAUGAAGAUGUGAACAGUAUUAAAGUUGCCCGUGCAUCUGCAACAGAUGCUUAGGUGCGGCGGCAUGGCACCCAUCUCCAUUUCUGUAGCCCUUAUUAGGCCACACAUUUGUGAAAAGCUAGUGCACUGGUAGUGAUGUGUGCUUAGAAAAAAAUAUAACUCCCAUACUCUUCCUCAUUAGUGCUGAGUGCUAUACAGAAAAAGUAGCAUGUACUGUUUUUUUGUCUUUGGUAUGACUUGGCCGGGAUCAAACUCGCGAUCUACCGAACGCAAGCAAACAUUCUACCCACUCGGCCAUUGCACCGGUAAUAUUGUACCUAAUCAAAGAAAAGUAUUGUAUGGAUGUACUGUAAGUAAAGUAUUGUAUUGCUUGCUUUAAACAUAUAAUUUUGCAUGUAGUAUAAGAAAGAUAAGGUAUAUAUUUUUUGUCAUUAUUUGUUAAGCUCCUGUUUGUAUAUUAUGAAGUCUUUAUUUGUUGCAAAAGAUUGCAUGAAGUAGUCUUUGUCAAAUAUUACUUGCACAUUGGAGCUUAUUUGUAGUCGAGUAUAUUGUUUUUGAAGACAUAUCAAGUGCGGAGUAUUGGCAUAUUUGUAUAAAAAUAAAUGUUUGACUUUAAAGUAGUAAUAUGAAAAAGAGUUUUGACAUUUCUAGAUGAAAUUCAUUGUGAUAACUGAGAUUGUUCAAAGGAAUAUUUGAUGUUCAAUACAAGGAAUUCUCGGGCAUGAUUCU